UAGCACCUUGACAACCUGCACCGACCUACCCUUGACAGCCUGUACUGAUCUACCCUUGACAGCCUGUAGCACCUUGACAACCUGCACCGACCUACCCUUGACAGCCUGUACUGAUCUACCCUCGACAGCCUGUAGCACCUUGACAACCUGCACCGACCUACCCUUGACAGCCUGUACUGACCUACCCUUGACAGCCUGUACUGACCUACCCUUGACAGCCUGUACUGACCUACCCUCGACAGCCUGUAGCACCUUGACAACCUGCACCGACCUACCCUUGACAGCCUGUACUGAUCUACCCUCGACAGCCUGUAGCACCUUGACAACCUGCACCGACCUACCCUUGACAGCCUGUACUGACCUACCCUUGACAGUUGUACCAGCCCACCUUGACAACCUGUAUUGACCUACCCUUGACAGUCUGUACCAGCCUUCCUUGACAGCCUGCCCAGUCUACCUUUGUCCUAACAAGAUGAGAUACCUGAGGAAAAUGAGAAGGACCGCCCUGCACGAAUUACUCCGCAGGGAAUAUGGAGUGCCUUGUCCUGCCUGGACCAGCAUGCAGGCCUUCCGAUACACAGCCUUUGGGCCCAGGAGGAAGUGGGUCAAGAUCCUGCAGACGAGGCAAAAUUCCCUGCUGGAGCUGAGUGGAGACCUUCUGUGGUUGACCGUCGCUGACCAGCCCAAUGCACCCCCUCAUUAUGUGAUGAAAAGGAUCCUUGGUGACGGGCGGCUCAUGACCAUGUACACCACCAGCAUCUUCCCGCGCCUCAAGGAACUGGACAUAUACGAGAUUCCCGAUCCUGUUUACCGGUCCUCCAUACCCCAGAGAGAGUACCAGCCUGUGUUGAUAGGGCUGAGGAAGGGCAGUGUGCUGACCCGACACAACCUGGACACGGGUCAGGUGUACAACAGCAUUAACCUUGGCGCCUCACCCACCAGCUCCCUCGCCAUCAACUAUGUGGGGGACAUCCUGGUGGUCAAGUCCCAUCGCCUCCACCACCCAGACACCACCGAGCACUUCUACAGGUUCCACACGUACAAGAUGCAUCCCUUCAAGCACCUCGCCACCUUUGACAUUGAGAGUGGAGUCUUCCCAAGCAAGGAGCACCGGGAGGAGUUCGGGAAGCUCCGUAAUGCCGAGAUCCACGACGGCCUCUUGCUGGUCAUGACGGAGAAGAGUCACAGUCUGAUCUACAGUGCUGAGGAGAUCAUUGAGGUGCGGGACAUGACCAGCGGGGAGGUGCUGGAUAACGGCCGUGUGUCGUGUGACGGCAACGAUCACCUGGACCCAGACUUCCUCAUGUUCCACCCUGACGACAGCAGCAGAGUGAUCCACACACGCCUCAAGGAACUACGAGUCCUGGGCAUCCACAGCAGGCGAGGGAGCCGAGUGGUUGAAGAGGAGUUCACUUACCCGCAGAAGAUGGACACUGCAUUGAUGAAGGAUGAGGUCAGGUAUUCACGGUCUGGCCGCCUCAUCAAGACCAAGUACCGUCUGGACCACUCCCUCAACCGGGCGGUGUCCUUCAACGUGGAGGCGGACAUGCGCGUGCUGGUUAUCCUGGAGGCAUGGCGGGAUGGGUGUGACUCGACGAUGCUGGAGAAGCUUGUGUUCUACGACAGCCUCUCCUACGAGCUGCUGCACCAGAUGAAGGUUGGGGUGCUGGUGGAGGGGUCCAUCGAAACCAACAGGCUGAGUGUGAGCAUCGACCGAGACACCAUCAACAUCGUCUCUCACAAGGGCACGCAGCACACCGUCCUUGCGUUCAGACUCAAGGAGGACUUCUCUAAGGAGGAGGAGGAGGAGGAGAAGGAGGAGGUGAGUGAGAGGGAGAAAGUACGGAAAAGUUCACGAAGAUCCGGAAGUGUUGAUGCGAGGAGGAAAAGAUCACAGGAAUUUGAAAGUGACGGUGAGUGGGAAGGAGACGAAAGUCCAGGCAGAAGGAAAGCCACAAGGAAAAGAAGAAGAAGAGGAAGAGGAGGAGGAGGAGGAGGAGGAGGAGGAGGAGGAGGAGGAAGAGGAGGGAGCAGGAACAGACAUAAGAACACCAAUAAGAAGAGAAAGAGGAGCAUGAGAGAGAGUUCGGUGAGUGAGAGUGAAGACACAGACGAGUGGGCGCCUUGAAACGGAAGGGAACGUAAAGGUCAGGUCAGUCAGCUGUUGAGGCUCAAAAGGUCAGUCUGGGCUUCUACUCUGUACCUUCUUUGAUCUCCAUACAUAACUUUAUUCAUGGGAGUUUUGGCCAUGAUGAAAUGACCGGAAUUCUUGAGGACAUCAUUUUUUCCACACUGAAGUUACUCGUACAAAUUUUGAAUAUCGUCACCCUUAUAAAAUAAUUGCCAGUCAUUUUUCAGCGAUUUCCAGGUUUUUGUCUACAUCAAAUUUUCAUCAUGUGACACCCAUUUUUGUAUAGUUGCCUUCAUCAUUCAAGGUUCGAGUGUUCUAGAAUUGGUCUUUUCUUCUGUCCAAAACUUGAACCAAAUGAGAUGAUGACAGUUUUAUUUUGGUUUCCUGAAAAGUAGAAAAUAAUGGCUUUGGCGGUUUGUUUACAAAGGUGACGAUAUGUUGAAAUGACGUGAUUUCCUAGAGACAUAAUUAUUUUUUUACUGGGCCUUAUUCAGUACGACAAUUACGUGUUCAACUGAUGUGUGAACUCCCAAGUGCAUGUACCGUACAAAUAUUUUUCUUCAAUAUGAUAAGUUUGACAGGCUGUGCAAAAGGAGAAAGCUGAGAGUGAAUGCUGGAAGGAGUAAGGUUAUGGUAUUUGGGAGGGCAAGAGAACAGGUCAUUGAUUUUGCAAAGCUGUACAGAAUUAGAGCAGAGGAGAGAAUGGAGGAGGUUUGUUGGCAGUGAAUGAGGGGACACUGUAGAGGAUAGUGGAUGAGUUUGACAGGGCAUGUGAGAGGAGAAAGGUUAUGGUAUUUGAGAGGGCGAGGGAACAGGUCAUUGAUUUUGCAAAGCUGUACAGAAUUAGAGCAGAGGAGAGAAUGGAGGAGGUUUGUUGGCAGUGAAUGAGGGGACACUGCAAAGGAUAGUGGAUGAAUUUGACAGGGCAUGUGAGAGGAGAAAGGUUAUGGUAUUUGAGAGGGCAAGAGAACAGGUCAUUGAUUUUGCAAAGCCGUACAGAGUUAGAGCAGAGGAGAGAAUGGAGGAGGUGACUGAGUUUAAAUAUUUAGGGACUAUUAUGUAAGGAAGGCGGAUUUUUUCUCAGGGCAUAACAUUUCUCUACAGAGACUUUGGGCAAUCCAGUCGUAGUGAAACCGAUACCAAAUGCUCACUUCAGAAACCACACUUUACAUUUCCACUUUACGUAAUGAAAAUGAACAAUAAAAAUGUCAAGUUG